UAUAAAAACUGAACAGAUAGGCAAAGCAUAUCAGAAAGCAUAUCAAAUCACUAGGCAGAGAGGAAACCCCUUCAGUUCUUUGUUGUCCAUAAUCUGGCAAGAUUUUAGGCUAGCCACAAGAAAUUUGUCAUGGAAGUUAAAGAUAGACACAAGGGAGAGGGAAAUUCAAGUGAUGUGAACACUUUGACUCUUUCAGACAAGAUUGGGUUUGCUUCAGCUGCUGUUACAACAUUUCAGAUAAGUGAGCCUCAAAGCAAAAGAGCGCCAUCUGCGUGCUGUGCUCGGGCGGCCCUUACCGUCUACCUGCUGCUCCUGACGGCUGGCCAAGCGCUGUUGGCAUACAAAGUGUUUAAGAUGCAGAGAGAUAUGUCAAAAAUUCAAGGAAAAAACACCUCCUACUCAGAAGAGAUGCUGGAAAGCUCCUUUGCAAACAAACUUAUUUUGGAGAAAAACUACAUAGAGAGGGACAUGAGACCUGAGGAAAAUUGGAUGAGAAGCUUAGAAGAAGAAGUCAACAUAAUUAAAAACAGCAAUGAAAACUUGAUGAUGAUGAUGAACAACAUCACCCUGGCUGCAGGGCCUCCUGGAAGCAAAGGAGAUCCUGGUCCACCAGGUGCCAAAGGAGAGAAAGGAAGUCAAGGUGAAAAAGGACACGCAGGAGAGCCAGGCAAGAAUGGAGAUAUGGGUCCCAAAGGACCACCCGGAAACAAAGGAGAAACUGGGUCACAGGGGCUCCCAGGAGAGAAGGGUGAAAAAGGUGAUCCAGGGGAAAAGGGUGCCCAGGGUCCUCCUGGUGCAGUCAGUACCUUGAAAGGAGAGAAAGGUUCAGCUGGAAGAGAUGGAUUUCCAGGAGCACCAGGAGCCACUGGCACUCCAGGAGAGAAAGGAGACAAGGGAGACAUAGGGCCGCAAGGGCCACCAGGGACAAAAGGAGACCAAGGAAUCCAAGGUUUACAAGGACUUCAGGGUGUAAAGGGAAGUAAAGGAGACUCUGGCCCUGCUGGCCCAAGUGGUGAACCAGGAAUAAGAGGAGAAAAAGGAGAGAUGGGUCUUGCAGGUCUCCAAGGACAGAAAGGCAAAAUGGGUGAGAAGGGAGAUCCUGGGCCCCGUGGACCCAGGGGUCCCCAGGGAGACCGAGGAGACACAGGACUGCCAGGUUUCAACGGUAGCGCAGGGGAGCCUGGACCUCCUGGGCAGAAGGGAGAGGCAGGUUUAACUGGAGGACAUGGUGCCCCGGGAAUUCCUGGUUCUGACGGCAGACCUGGUCAGAAAGGAGAGAAGGGGUCCCAAGGACCCAGCGGUAGUCCAGGAACCCAAGGCGAGAGGGGACUUAAAGGUGAAAAGGGAGACAGUGGAAAGGCAGGUCUUCCAGGGCCAAAGGGAACAAAGGGAGACCAGGGUCUACAAGGUAGACCAGGACCAACUGGUGAAAAAGGAAGCAAGGGGGAUUAUGGCAUGCCUGGCCCAAAGGGGGCACCAGGGAUAAAAGGAGCCAAGGGAGAUACUGGACUCACUGGUCCUCCAGGAGUGAGUGGGAGCAAAGGUGAAAAAGGAGAAGGCCACCACAGUCACCUCAUACGAAUCGUUGGAGGGAGCAGGAAGGGUCGCGUGGAAAUCUUUCACAACGGCGUGUGGGGAACAAUAUGUGACGAUGACUGGGACAGCAGAGAUGCCACCGUGGUCUGCCGCAUGCUGGGUUACAGUCGCGCAGUCAGCACCUUCACUGCCAAUGCAGGCACUGGAGAAAUUUGGCUUGAUGAUGUGAACUGCAAAGGGAAUGAACAUUCGAUUCUCGACUGUGCAAAACGGAGCUGGGGUACGCACAACUGCUCGCACAACGAGGACGCUGGGGUGGAGUGCGCCUGAUGAGACUCGGGAACUGCUGUUGUAAACUGCUGCCUGGCCUGUGUUGUGCACGGUGCUGCUAUCUUUGUGCUUACGACGUUGUUCUCUUUACCUGUUCUUUAAACCUUCCACGAAUCAGCAACAGUCACCAGAUCUGCAUGUCAUUUGAAAAAUCCCAUCUGCCACAGAAGGGCACGAGCUCAGACACACGAUCUGGCUCAUGGCUCUACAAGUGACCUGGCACCCAUGCUUAUGCAUGGGACUUCUAAGUCCACAGCAAAGGAGAGAUGGCGUGCUUUAACUUAGCCUGCGGUAAGAGAGACCAGGUUAAGAGUGUGGGAAAGAAGUUACUAUUGCUUAGCUGACCUAACAUCUGUAUCCCGAUCAUGAAUCUGAGCGUAAAACCCCCCAAGCAAAGUGCAUGUACCUAUGACAGCAGAAAUCAUCAGAUGAUCAAACUGACAUGCAAAUGUAACUCUGCUCCAGAGGAGAAAGAUAAUCACAAGCUGAAGCACUAAAGUAAGUGCCUGAGGACCAGGUGCCGCCUGCUCUGGUUCAGCACAGACUGUUUUCUUGGCCUGUCUGCGGGAGCAAUAGUGCUUUGGUAUAUUAACCUGGUAUAGGAAACUAAGCACUCUCAAGUCUUUGAGAUGCUCCAGUAAAAGGAAGGGAUGAUGAAUCAAAACAGUAAGGGGGAAGUACCUGCUAAUUAAACUUUCAGAGUGAAAUUACGGAUCCCACAUCAAAGGCUUUUACCUUAAUUGAGGGUGUUAUAUGGAACAAUGCUUGCAAGAAUAACUGAAAGGCUUCUUUUUUUUUUUUAAAGGUUCAACUAUGUUCCUUCCCAUUGCAUAGCACUCAACAGCUGGCAGGGGACCAGCAGCCUGUACAUAGCUGUGCACAUUGCAACUUGCUUGUGGGUGUUUUGUUUAAAAUGUAAGGAAUACAAUUAAGGAAAUCCUCAUGUCUGCUUUAAUGUUGGUCAUAAUUUCACUUUUCUAGAUGGUGUUGAAAAUUGCUUUUUAGAUAUAAGUAGGAAAAACCUCUGAGUGGUGACCAUCAGAGGAGCAGGUGCCAGGGCAUCCAGGGCCAAUGUAAGGAGAAGACCCAGCAGAGUACAGGGUGUCAGCAUGUCCAACAGUACACAAAACUCAUCGCAAAACUAUCGCAGUGCUAAAUGAGAGGAAAUAGUGGUUAGAGGGUCUCAGGCUUCAGGAAAGAAGUCUGGAAAAUCCCUAGUGAUUUCCGCUGUCCGCUUUGAUGCCUUUGGCAGCAGGAGAAUGAACUGGGCCAGUUACCGUUCCUGGCUCUGGCACAGAGAAGGCAAGGACCAGCUGCUGGAGAACAACAGAUAAAGCCUGAUGAAUGACAAAUAUUCCGAAGCUCGUGGAGACGGAGAGUUGCUCAUCCAAAUGAGAAGCGAAGGAAGCUUUCUGCUGUGUUAAGGCACUCGCCCAGCAUUAACAGCACGUUGAGUAAAGUAGCUAGCAGCUAGUAGUUUUCCUCAGGCCUUCCCAGGGUGAAAGUCCUUCCUUUUUUUGUGGCAAUAUGUAAAU